AUGGGUGACUUGGGUAGAUUCUGUGAGGAGUUGGGUUAUGGUGGAGUCAAAAAGUUUUACAGGUUUGACUCCUUCAAAAAGUUCAGGGAGAUAACCAUGGAAACAGAUUUGUUAUUGGCUAUUGAUAGGCAUAAGAAGAAAGAAGUCCAUAUAUGGUUAGUUGCUGAGAAAACAGGAAAUAUGAGUGUAGGUGAUGGGGGUGUUUCUGUAGGUGAUGGAGGUGUUGUUGUAGGUGAUGGGGGUGUUCCUGUAGGUGAUGGUGAAAGGAGUGUGCCUGUAGGUGAUGGAGAUAUGAGUGUGCUUGAGGAUGAGGGUGACCAAUCUGUGGAUGAGGACUUUUGUGCAAGUAGGGACACUGACAGUGGUUUUGAUGAUAUCCUUUUUGAAGAAUAUGUUGAGGCAGAAGAGUGUGUGGAGGGGCCUAAACAGAAAGAGAACCAACAUGAGGUUGAUGAUGAAAUGUCCACAGACAGUUCCAGUUCCAAGUGCACAGAGGAUAGCAGUCAUGAUGAUUUCUCUAGUUGCAAUGGAUUGCAGACAAAUAUGAGGAAGCAUUCAGAAGUGACCCUCAAAGAUCACUCAGGGAUGACUUGUAAGUUUUGCCAUCAAAAGGGGCAUAAUCAAAGAACUUGUGAGUGGAAGAAGCUGGCUGAAAGUGGACUUCAAGAUGGUGCCUUUGACAUGGAAGCUGAAGCUGAAGCUGAGGAGUUGACUCAAGGAGAUGAGUUCCCACCUGCAAGUCAGCCUCAAUCCCAGCCUCAAUCCCAAAUGAGUGCAACAACAUCAAAGGGAGCAAGAAAAGGCACUAAAGAGGCUGCUUCUUCAAGUAAUCCAAUGCCAUAA